GGUAUUUACACAAACCCUGCUGUAAUUUAAGUAAAAAUUAUAUCACUCCCAGUUACAGUGUAGUUUAAACAGUAGCAGACCAGUCUCUUCAGCUCAGCCCUUACAAUCAGCAUGGCCAACCAGGACCAAAAAGAAACUGUUCCAGCUCCUCGUCCAGAGUUGUUUGAUUUUUAUGGUGUGUCGAUGACUCAUUACUUCACUGACAACUGGGACAAUGUGCAGAACUUCCAGGCAAAACCUGAUGAUAUUCUCAUUGCAACAUAUCCCAAAGCAGGUACAACCUGGGUGUCCCAAAUGUUGGACCUUCUGUAUUUUGGGAAGUCUUCCCCCAAGCGUGGGGUCUCCCUGCCCAUCUAUGAGAGAGUCCCAUUCCUGGAGAUCUGCAUCCCAAUUUUCCCCACAGGUGUUGAAUUGGCAGAUAAGAUGACCACAUCCCCUCGCCUCAUUAAAACCCACCUUCCAGUUCAGCUUGUGCCUAAAUCCUUCUGGGAACAAAAGUGUAGGAUUGUCUAUGUAGCCCGCAACGCCAAGGACAAUGCUGUGUCCUACUUUCAUUUUGACCAUAUGAACUGUGCACAGCCUGAGCCUGGAGACUGGCCUACUUACCUGCAGAAAUUCCAGGAAGGAAAAUUGGUAUGGGGCUCCUGGUAUGACCAUGUGAAAGGGUGGUGGGAGAAAAAACAAGCUUACCCCAAACUCCUCUAUCUACACUAUGAAGAUCUAGCAGAGGACAUUGAUCGGGAGUUGGACCGUGUGUGCUCAUUCCUGAGUGUGUGCCCGACUGAGGAGGAGAGACGUCAGGUGAAAGAAGGGGUGGAAUUUGAUGCCAUGAAGAAGAACCGCAUGGCUAACUACUCCACUUUUGAUGUCAUGGACUUCAAAAUCUCUCCAUUCAUGCGAAAAGGGAAAGUUGGCGAUUGGAAGAAUCACUUCACUGUGUAUCAGAACGAACAGUUUGACAAAGAGUACAAGAAGAAGAUGAUGAAUACCACACUUCGGUUCAGGGCCGAGAGUUUUUCCUAAAAUUUGAGGUGAAGAGUGAUGAAUAGUGUGUCUAUGAGUCAGAGUGAGAAGGCGGACAACAGUUCUGGACUAACAACAGUGGUCAAAUUCUUAUUCUUCACUUAUUAAACAUUUCAGCAAUGUUCACAUUGAAAA